AUGAUCUCGAUACAGCCCAAAGAUGAAUGGAAGCUCGAGCAGGGAUUAGCUCCUGCUGAACUUGCUCUCCUUGAUCAAACAGCUCCAAAGGAUGGCGCAACACGCCCGAGCGCCCUCAGCGACGUCGAGAGCAGCGACGAUGACGAUGCGAAAGCUGAUGAUAUCGCAAAGGAUGAGGACCCCAAUGUCGUGUUCGCGGAGGAGAGAGAGGGCUGGCACGGAUAUAUCGAGUGGGAGGAUUAUCCUGAAAAGAAGGAAACAGCACAUAGGAUCAUGCUUACCAAUGAAUUCCCUCAUCCGCCAGAGUUUCAACUUGGCCCUAUCCCUGACACAAAUCCCGUUCUUGAGGGUGUACGAUGGAAGGCCUGGCACAAGGCCAUCGGUGGACCUUUGACUUCUGUGCCUGAAGAGUCGUGGCUGCGUGUCAUCCAAGAAAAGCACCCCGACAUGUUACACCUCCUACAAUUCCCUUACAACGGUGAGCCACCAAAACGACUUGUUACAGCCAAGCCUGUAACUCCCAACCCUCUCCAUUUUGUCCGAAACCAUGGUGGUAUCCCGGAUAUUGAGCCAGAGAAAUGGUUUCUGACUCUCGAUGGUUUGGUGAAAACCCCUCGUAACUUUACUCUGGCGCAACUCCAAGAUGAAUCAGUCUUCCCACGCAUGGAGAAGCUGGUCACAAUUCAAUGCUCUGGAACUCGUCGCAUCGAGCAAAUUCAACUGUACGCAGGUGAAGGUGAUGAGAUGAUCAACGCUCCUUGGGCUGAAGGGGCCAUUGGCACUGCGCGGUACGUCGGUGUAUCGCUGAAAAAGGUGAUCAAAGCAUGCGGUGGGAUGGCCGAGGGCGGCAAACAUCUCGAGUUCCACGGUGCAGACACCUACUUCAAGCAGAACGAGCUGAUGAAUUAUCUCGUUUCCGUGCCCUGGUCCAAAGUCAAAGCCAACGAAGUCAUGCUCGUCUGGGAGAUGAACGGUGAACCGCUUCCUAGGAUUCAUGGCUUCCCACUCCGUGUCGUGGUGAUGGGAUACAUCGGCGCCCGAUCCGUCAAAUGGCUUUAUCGCAUCCGAGGACUGUCCCACCCGACCCGGGCACCUGUCCAAAGCAAGGAAUAUCUCUAUUUCAACCAACAGGUGGGUAAGCACAACCAGCUGCCGACCAUGGGCAUCCAGAUUCAGGAGAUGCCCGUCUCGUCCGCGAUCAUGUCGCCCUGGAACAAGCAAGUUGUUGUGCACGAAGGCUCUAUCGCCAUGAAAGGCUGGGCGUAUUCCGGCGGCGGCCGCUGGCCUGAACGAGUCGAACUGUCCGCCGACGGCGGCUUUAGCUGGUACGCGGUGCCACCGGAGAACCUCUCGACCAAGUACAAAUUCGCCUGGCGCACUUGGGAGUACUCUCUACCAUGUGACGUCGAAGGGUGGAUCGAGCUCGUGGUGCGAUGUUGGGACAACUCCCUCAACACGCAGCCCUUGGAAGUGCGCAGCGCCUGGAACUGGGGUUUGCACGUCACCAGCUCCUGCCACCGCGUCAAGAUCUACAGCGUCAACAAAACACGGGAGUUGACCCGGAAGAAGCUCGAGUUUUUUGAGAAACAACGCAUUGCCCUUGUUCCUAUCACUCGGCCCACCGAGGUCCCACUGCAGAGCUGGGAGGAUUAUGAGGCCUUCUGGGAGAAGAAUGACCCGAGAGACGUUGAUGAAUAG